CCUUUGUUCAACCUUUUCUUUUCCUUCUUCAAUUUGUUUAGAUCUUCCCCAUUCCCGUAGGCCACGCAGUGAGCAAAAUAAGGAAAAUUUAGGGUUUUAUUUGAAUUAGGGGAAAAUGGCGAUGAGGAAAGUUUACAGCGAGAUAAAAGGUAUGAAAUUGAAGGAAGUUCCUGGUUACUUCAAGCCGAUGCUAUCUAUGGGUUACUUGAAGAAAUCUGUUCAGAGGGGUUUGGACAAUUACCAUGCUAAGUACAUUGAGACUGAUUCUAUCGAACCUCUCUACCAUGUCUGUUUCGGUGGGAUGAUCUUUUCUUACCUUGUUGCUCUUCCCAACGAGCGUCGCCACCUCGAGCACAAGCAGCAUGCUGAGCAACACGGUCAUCAUUAAUCCCAUCUAGCUUUAAAGAUGGUUCGGAUCGUUGUUGUGCCCUUCUCAGUUUUAUCCGGUAACAAUUCGAUUUGCUUAAUGCUUUUUGGUUGUAAUUUGUGAACAAUGUAGGCAGAGGAAGAUGCUGUCUUGAUCAAAUGCAAAAAUAAAAGAGUACAAUUUUCUUUAAAAUAAGUGAAAGACUAUUAGACUACCAUGGAAACACAAUAUGCUGUUUGGUAUGGUAUAGACUACCAUGGAAACACAGUAUGCUGUUUGGUAUGGUAUGUGUUGCUGGUUUCUGUUGAUUUGAUUAAUAAGGGUUUGUUUCAUUUUUAUUUUA